AUGAAAGUGGUCGUUUUGUCGCUGCGUUUCGCUAAAAACCGCAAACGAGCAGAGGAAUUAUACACACAGUUUAUCGAUAAUAUCAGAGGGCAGGUAAAGUAUCUAAGCGAUUGGGAUUACACUUCAGCUAUCCAGAACAUCAGACAGUUUGAAGUGCCACUUUAUAACAGAGGAUUAAUAUGUUACAGAAAAGGCUUUUUCAAGGAUGUGGAGAGUGACUUUCGAAGAGCCCUAGAGCUGAAACAUAAUUUUAAAGAUGCUAAAAAAAGUUUACGUCAGACUUUUGGACAGUGA